UGUUUCUUCGUGGAAAUGUUGCUAAUGAUGAUGAUGAUAUGCUACUUCUACCUUUGUUGAUGAAUUAAGGUCAAAUAAACAACUAUAUAUUUUUUUUCUUAUUUUUUAGUUUUUUAUACAAAUAGAAUUUGUUGAAAUGAGAGGAACAGGUAAUCAUUGGUAAAGCUAGGGGUCUGCACAAAGACGAAAAACAAGCAUAUGUAAAAAAUAGACAAAACAAAUUACACAAGGAUAAAGGUACAUCACAAAUAACCAAACGACAAAAAAUCAACAAAAUGGUGACGUACUUGCUACUGUUGUUGCUGUUGUCGAUGUACUGAUCCUACAUUUAAUGAUGUUGUUGUCGUUUAUGAUUCGAUGCUGCUGUCUUCUUCUUGCGUAUGACAAGCAGAUCAAAUUUAAUAUAACUACUUCUUAGUUUAGUUUUAUUUGUUUAAUUAUUUAUAUACCUAUUUUGACUUUUGCUGCUUUUACUUCUGCUGUCGUGAUUGAUAAUAAUGUUCUUGUUUUCAUGGUUUUUCAUAAUCAUGUAUACACAGGAUGGAAAGUAUUGGAACAUGUAGUUUGGAAAACACAGUUCUUCCCUCUGAAAGAGGUAUAACAAUCUGUGUCGAUGAAACAGACUUCAAUGUGUCAAGAUCAGAGCUGGCCUUACUCGGGCCAAAUUUUGAAAAUCAUUUUAGCAUUACAACUCAAGGCUGCAUCAGACUAGUCGAUAUUAUAAAAUCACCUGAAGUUAACGCGCGUGGGUUUAAACUUUGGCUCCAAGAAAUUCGUCAACCUAUGUCCGUUGCAAUUGGAAAAGACAAUGCUUUAGAUUUGAUGUCCGUGGCAAAUUUUGCUAAUCAACAAAUAAUCCAACGUUGUAUGGGUUACGUUGAUGAGGCUACGUGUAGAAAUGAAUCACUUGAUGUUGAUCACUGUGGUGAUAUCUACACAAUAGCUAUAAAGGGUAAUAUGACAAAUAUUAUAAACGAAAUCGAGAAGAGGUUAUGCCAAGAUUUUGUAAAGUUUCUAAGUUGUCAGCAGUUUCAAGCGGCAGUCGGUGCAGAUAAACUAAUACAGAUGCUACAAACGAAGGGUCUCGCAUAUCCAUCAGAGGUGGAUCUUUUGCAAACAAUAUUAAAUUGGAUUCGCUAUGACAUCAAAUCUAGAGGCUGUGUAGCAGGUGAUGUUCUAGCUCAUGUUAAACUUUCUCAAAUUGCCGCCGAAGAUCUGAAACGGACGAUGUACAAGCCUGACCUAAUGGAGGUUCCACAUUUACGGGAGGCAUACAUUAACGAAAUGCAUCGAUACGCAAUACAACCAGCACUUGCUAUGGACAUUCCACAGCAACGAAGGGUGUUAGUGACAUUCAAAUGCAAAAAGCCAAUGUAUUACAACCAUAAAAAGAACAAAUGGCUUCACUUACCUGGACUCAACGUGCCGGGUAAGAUAACAACAUGUGCUGUUGCAAGAGAUAGCAUUUACGCAAUUGUUAAGCGAUCUCAACUAUGGAAGUACUCUACUGCGAGAAACAAAUGGAAAAACAUCGAAACACCAAUCGAGGUAACUACAAAAGAAGAUUCAUACGAUGAUCUGGUGUUUCUUAACGGUAAAUUGUAUAUAAUGAGUAACCAUAAAAUGUGGAGCAAAACAAUUUCGCCGCCUGGAAACUGGAAUAAGUGCCGCGAUAAUUUCUACUGUUGUUUCAGGUCAUCAUCUGUCGCGAUGGGGCGGUAUAUCCUGCGAAUAGGAAACAGCCGCAACAAAGACAACACUUGGUGUAAUUGUUACGAUACGUUCGCCGACGAGUACGUGUUGCGCCGUCUGUUGCUGUGGCAACCAAUGGUCUUGAUGAACCGGCACGGGUUUUCAGUUUUAACUAACUUUGGAAUUGCAGUUUACGACUGGUAUAAAUGGGCACAGAAUUGUAUAAAACAUGAUAAUGCAAUGAAAGAAAGGCCAGACAAAAACAACAUCGAUAGCAAGUUUGAGAUUUCACAGGAUUUGGUGGCAGCAGAGCACAGAAUAAAUAUUAUUAUUAUAAAAGGCCACGUUUAUCGUGUGGUCGGCCAUAUGCUUUUCGGUGGCAUGAGGGAGGACGAGGCCGCUGGGGUUAAAAACUAUGAUAUCGCAACGAUUUCAGAAGACGUGGACAUUUCUCCGGGAGAAAAGAUAACAUGUGUUGUGAAUCUUUCAGAAGAAUGUUUCCGAUAAAUACUGGAUAGACAGUGGUGGAUUCAGGAGUUCGAAUAAUUCUCAAACCGCCCCUGGCAGGGGGAACUUUCAAAGAGAGGGUAUAUAUUACUUCAGAACCACCAUGAAAAUCACAUUUAGAGGGGUGGCUAAGUUCGCUGGGGAGGGAUGGAGCAAUAUUUGUGACCUUGUACCAUGUGCAAAUCCCUCCACUCCCUGUAAGUAUUCCUAUUCGUGGUCCACUCCGAACCACAUUCAUGUCAAGAAUAAUAAUAGUUUACAUUUAUACACCAUAUAUUGCACCCAACUAUCACAUUUAUAUAGCAUAUGUCAGUGGCGGAUCCAGUAG